CUUGUUCCCGCAGGGCUCCGGGCGGCCGUGACCCUGCUGGAGUGCGGGGGGGACCUCCAGCCCCCCGGGGGGUCCCUGACUCUGCUCUGCCGGGGGAAUGGAUUCACAUUUGGGAGUUAUGACAUGUACUGGAUCCGUCAGAGUCCCGGGAAGGCGCUGGAAUGGAUCGCAGGGAUCAGCAGCAACGGUGGCAGCACCUACUACGCGCCGUCGUUCAAGGGCCGGGUCACGAUCUCCAGGGACAACGGGCAGAGCUCGGUGACGCUGACCAUGAACAACCUCAAGGACGAGGAUUCCGCCGUUUAUUUCUGCGCCAAAGAUUCUGGUGCUUGUGGUGCUGCUUGUGCUGCUUGUAUUGAUGUUUGCAAUCCCUUACCCGUCACUGCAUUCCCACCUGUCCCCAGCCCCUUCCCCAGACCCCUGCCCCCCCCCGCCCCAGUUCUGGCCCCUCCCUCCAGCUGGGGACAAGGUGGGGACAACUCCAGAGUCAUUGUCCAACACAUCCGCUCAAAUCCUGGCACCAAAAUCACCAAAACCAAUUCAUGGCAUCGACCUCCAACGGAUUUGGGGCAGAAAUCAGUGCUGGAAUCCUCGUCCUGGAGACUGAGAUGGGAAAAGAUCAAACCCCUGGCCCAACUCUUGGCCGUUCCUGCAAAGCUCUGA